AUGACAGAAAGACAAUCUGUAAAAGAUCUCCUAAACAAAGGACCAGAGUUUGUUAAAGGUACUCCGCUGGAUAUAUAUUUUGAACACUUAAGCGAUGAAUUGUUUAAACCAUUAGUUCAGUUACAAAAAGAAGAAGAUAACAAUCAAUCUGUUUACCAAUAUUUAGGGUUUGAGAAUAAUGAUAUGUUUGUAUCAAAAUUACUUGAAUAUUUUGGUAAAUUGCAUGAAUUGGUUCUAGAUAACCAAAAGGAUAUAAUAAAAGAUAAGUCUGAUUUAUUACCAAUAUCGUUGCAUGAUAUGAGAUAUGUGGAUGCGUUAGUAAACCUUCUAAUGAUACAUGGUAUUGAUGCCAAUAUUCCAGAUGAUGUAAGAAUACCUAUGGAUUCCAAAAGACUAACCCAAUUUAAGGAAGACGAUAAAAGAUACGAAAUUCCAAAAGCCCAUCGAAUGAAUAUUUCAACUUUGAAAUUCGUAAUAGAUUCUAUGUAUGAGGUUUUGAGUCAUGAGAAGGCUUAUGAGAAAGACAAAAACUCCGAAACUGAUUAUUUACGUCCUACUUUACUGAAAGGUUCGGCAUUUACAAAUGUAUUUCUGGGGACAUUAGUCCUUGUAUUAACAGAUCCCGAAAAUUAUGAGAGAAAAUUGAACUCUCUAGAGGCAAUUCAAGAAACAUAUACUUUAUUUUCAAUGUACACACUCUUGACAGAGACUUUAGUAAAUAAAGAGGCAAAGGUAAAGGUUAUAAAUUUACUAUCUACAUUAGUUAUUAGAAGGGAAGAAGAUGGGCUUUUAAGUUUGAUUGAUUUUAUUUUAGGUGUAAGAGAAAAUGAAGAUAUUGACGCUGAAAAGAUGAGUCGAAUAAAUCAGAUUUUAUUGUCCAGACCCCCAAAAGUUAUAUCAAACAAGGUAUACUUACAAAACUUGUUCGAUCAAAUUUAUGAUUCACUAACGUAUGUUAAUAGACCAAUCGUUGUUAUGUGUGUUAAUAAUAUUAUAAAAGACUUUUUUUUAAGGAAUAAAAGAAUUGUAAGAGAUUUUCUUUUUAAAAGGGUAUAUCAAAUUUUACUAAAUAGUCCGGUGAAAAAUCAUACGGCCAAGGAAUUAAAUGAUAUGGUUAAUGUUUUGAUAUCACUAUCAAAGAACUCAUCGGUUGAUGUCGUUAAGGAUUUGGUUAGUGGUUUAGAUGGGAAUGAAUUUUUUUUAACCUUAUGGAUAUAUGCUUUAUUUCUGAAAAAAAACCAAAAGGUCGACCCGUUGGUUGCUAAUAGUUUAAAGACUGAUAAUUUUGGACCUUAUUAUGAAGUUAUUCUUUCACUUAUGAAAUCAUUUCUAUUUAUUCUAGAUGACUAUGAUACUUUGGAUUAUUUAUCUUUGCAUUUACUAAAUACAGACCAUGAAGAUUGGGAAUAUCGAAUAGAUUUAGAAACACAAUUGGCCUAUAUUAAUGAAAAGGGUCCAAACAACGAAAAUUUACCUGAUCUUAAAAUAAAUGGUGAUGCACUUUCAGGAGAAAAUAUGAAUAAAAUGUCAAAAUUGUUUCAAGACAUGGAUAUAUCCAUCGAAUUGUACAUAGAAUUUUUGAAAUUGUUAGAUAACGAAGAAUCUAUCAAAGAUGAGUUUUUAAACGUUUUAAAGAGAUGGGUGCAACAAACUUUUAAUGGAAGUAAUACAGAGAAGAGUUCUCUAAUAAAUCUUCCAAAAGAUACCCAAACAAAAAAUAUUCUAAUAUUGACUGAUAUAAAGUUACUUGAGAAGAUGAAUGAAAAUUUCAAAUCAGGAUUGAUCAGAAAUGUUUCAGAUAUUCUGGAGGUAAUCAAUGAUCUUUUAGAUCUUCAUUUGAGCAAUGCUGAAGAGAAUCAAAGUAAUAAUAAUAAUAAUGAGGAGGAGGAGGAAGAUAGUGACGAUGAGGAAGAUGAGGUCGGUGAUGAUGAUGGUAGUGGUACAAUGAGUACAUUAGAUGUUAUAUUUGAGUUACUGAAGACAAUUAUUGAUCAAACUCCAUCUGCAGUCUUGCAAAAAAAUAAAAACUUAUUAUUGCAAAUUAAUGAAAAGAUUAAAAGGACAACCACAGCAUCGCAGGGAUUGAUAUCUGCAUCUUUGACACUUCUUUUGAGUGAUUCUCUGAAGGGAAAAGAUAAUGAUUCUCAAUUGGUACAAAAUGAAAUAAAUGAUAAUGAAAAAUUAGAUAAAGCACUUCGAAAUAUUGCAGAUCCUUUGGUUCCAAUAAAAGUACAUGGUUUGAUGGAAUUACGUAAAUUUGUUGAAAAUGGAUCUACUAUUAUUGCACCUGAUAGAGUAUUCAAAUUACAUCUUCAAUAUUUAAGAAACCCUGAUCCUUUUAUUUAUUUAAAUGUAAUUAAAGGGUUAUCGUCGUUAUGUGAAUAUCAACCUGAAAUGACAUUAGGUGUUUUAAUUGAAUUUUAUCAAGAUCGUAGACGUAGAAACAAAAUGGAUGAUAUUUUAAAAGUUGGUGAGGUAUUUAUAAAUUAUAUUCAAAGAGAGAAUCAAUUAUUUCAAGGUAAGUAUGCCAAUAUGAUUAUAGAUGUUUGUUUAGAAAGAAUUCAAGGACAUACAAAAGUGGAUAAUAAGAUUCGUAUGUCUGCCAUGUCUAUUCUUGGUGUAUGUCUUCAAGUCAACGCAAAGGGUGUCUCUACGAGAAUCAGUGAAAUGUUAGAUUGUGUAUUUGGUAUAUUACAAUUUGAAACUGAUGAAUCUAUAAAUGAUGGUCAAGAUGAUACGUUCAUUAUGCGAAGAAGUGCUAUACGCUUGAUUUAUGAUUUAUUUUAUGAUUUUGAACCUUCUUUAUUACCAGAAAAAUACGGUAUGGAAAGAUUGUUAACAUUGUUAGAGUACAUCAAAGAUAAAGAAACAGAUUACCUUGUAUGUGAACAGAUAAUUCAAGUGAUCAAGACAAUCAAUGAAGUCAUACCAGAAACUACGUUGGAAAGGUUGAAACUAUCAGGUUGA